AAUUAAGUCAAUAAGUUCUUUUCCUUGUUCAUCAAUCAUCAUUAAUGAGGUCACAAGUUUAAGUAGACAAUAACAGUCCCAGAAACAAUCAUUCUUGCCAAAGUUAGCAAAUGAAAUUCCAAACACGUUUCCAACUCACUACUUCAACAGGCUCAAACGUGAAACUCCCUCUCUUUCUCUUUCUUCAAAUUGCUGUCAAUUUUCCGGAAUUUCAGCUCAUCACUUUGAGUAUUUUGCUAUAAAAAUGGCUACUGCAACUUCAAACCUUCACUCACCCCUUUUAAUGGCUGACACCGUCCCCAAUUCCGUCGAUUACAAGGGUCGUCCUGCUGUUCGAUCUAACCAUGGACGUUGGUUUUCUGCUUUAUUUAUCAUCUGGGUGGAGAUGGCAGAGAGGAUUGCAUUUUAUGGGAUUUCAUCGAAUUUGAUAAGUUUUUUGACUGGGAAAUUGGGGCAGUCAACGGCAAUGGCGGCUGUUAAUAUUAAUGCUUGGAGUGGAGUAGCUUCUUUGCUUCCAAUUUUUGGGGCUGUUAUUGCUGAUUCUUUUGCUGGAAAGUUUUAUACCAUUAUUGUAUCUUCAGUCAUUUACAUUUUGGGGCUAGGCUUGCUUACAUUGUCAGCGAUGCUUCCUUCACUUAGUUGUCCCAACCAAGGAAGAAGCAUUGUGGGUGGACAGGAAUGUUCACCACAUUUGCAGACAGUUAUAUUCUUUAUCGCUCUAUAUCUGGUGGCUGCUGGGCAAGGUGGGCACAAGCCUUGUGUUCAGGCUUUUGGGGCUGAUCAAUUUGAUGGAGAAGAUCCAGGGGAGCUCAAGGCAAAAAGCUCUUUUUUCAAUUGGUGGUAUUUUGGUGUUUGUGUGGGUAGUUUGCUAGGCAUUGGAGUCUUGAGCUAUGUUCAGGACAACCUUAGUUGGGGCCUUGGAUUUGGAAUUCCAUGUAUUAUCAUGGUAAUAUCUGUGCUCAUAUUUCUUUUUGGAACUGUGACUUAUCGCUACAAUAUGAAAGUCGAAGGGGAAAGUCCAUUUACAAGGAUUGGAAGAGUAUUUGUUGCAGCAGCCCAGAAUUGGAAUACUGCACCUCCUGAGGAUGGCGAUAAUGAAGAGGCUCAAUUUCAUGAUGGAUCUAGACAAUUCAAGUUCCUUGACAAAGCUUUGGUUGCACAAGAAAUUUCAAAUAGAAUUGGGAAAUCUUGCAGUAAAAGCAAUGUUGAAGAGGCAAAGGCAGUACUUAGGUUGUUUCCAAUUUGGGCAACAACAUUGAUCUUCGCAAUUGUCUUCUCACAGCCACCAACUUUCUUCACCAAACAAGGCAUAACGUUGAAUAGAUCAGUUGGAUCUAAUUUUGCUAUACCAGCAGCCGCAUUGCAGUCUUUUAUAGGCAUCUUUAUUGUCAUCUUUCUCCCAAUUUAUGAUCGCGUUCUUGUGCCAGUUGCCAGAAAAAUUACUGGAAAUCCUGCUGGCAUAUCAAUGCUUCAGAGAAUUGGAACUGGUCUGUUCAUUUCCAUUAUUGUUAUGGUGCUUUCCACCAUCAUAGAGAAGAAAAGGCUUGAAACUGCUUCUCAACAUGGACUGAUAGACUUGCCUGAUAUGACAAUCCCAAUGAGUAUUUGGUGGCUGCUUCCGCAAUAUGCUUUAUUUGGUAUUUCAGAGGCAUUUACCAUGGUUGGUCUGCAAGAAUUUUUUUACGACCAAGUCCCAAAUGAAUUGCGCAGUGUAGGAUUGUCUCUGUAUCUGAGUAUAUUUGGCUUAGGAGGCCUUUUAAGCAGCUUGCUUGUUACACUGAUCAACAAAGCAACUAGUAGAGGUGGGAAAGAGAGUUGGUUUUCGAAUAACUUGAAUCGUGCACAUCUUGAUUACUUCUAUUGGCUGCUUGCUGGUCUUAGUAGCAUAGCUGUAGGAGAUUUCAUGCAUCUUGGGGCCUAUGCAGCAAAAAUAGCUUGUACGGUUGAUGGUCGCUGUUAGCUGUUACUCUGUUACGGAGUAGUUGCUAGUUGACAGAUAAUAGGGAAAGGAAGGGUUUUUCACUCACCUUUUAUUUACUUGAGAAAGUUGAGAAGGUAAUCUUUUAUUUUACUAUUACCUAAAUAUAUGUGAAAUGGAUUGUUAAAUCUAUAUAGUUUUGUACUCACUUGUCAUUGCGUAAUCUACAAAAAUCAUAAAUCAAAGUCAAACAUCAUCUCUCUCUAUUUCACAUACAGAGGCAUUUACUGCAAUGACCACUUGCAGAUU